AUUAUUUAAAGCUUGGGGUACAGUCAAUGCUCACUCAGUACCUGAGAUGCGUGCACGCAGAUAAAACCCAUAUUUGGCUCCGAAUGAGAUAGUGUACUCGUACCCCUAUAUUGAAACAAGUAGGAGCGAAACAUUUAUUAAUUUUCCCCUUACUGUCAUCGUUCCAAUUUAAAGUGGGAUUUCAUCGUUUAAUGCUGGAUUACAGAGGCAACGCUUUGGUUUUUUAUUAUAUUUUUUAAUUAUAUGCAGCUCUCAGAUUUGUCGGGUUAGCAUUGCUAAUUUGUCCUGCCCUAGCCCACUGAAAUAAAAUAGCACUUUAUAUAAGCCAUGUUUCUUUUUUUCUGCUACAAUUCCACAACCUACUUUUUUUUCCAAAAGUAUGUUGCAAAACAGGUUAGCUGAGCACUAUAAAUUAUGGGUGUGAGCUUAAGUGUGGGCAACGAUCGACUGACCUCGAAAUUACGGCUGCUGGUCAGUGCCUCACAGGAUGGCAAACUCAUUGUCUGGGACAGUUACACUACCAAUAAGGUCAAUGCCAUCCCACUUCGUUCCUCUUGGGUCAUGACCUGUGCUUAUGCUCCAUCUGGAAACUUUGUGGCUUGUGGAGGGUUGGACAAUAUGUGUUCUAUUUACAAUCUAAAAACCCGUGAGGGAAAUGUAAAGGUCAGCCGUGAGCUGGCUGCCCACACAGGUUAUUUGUCCUGUUGCCGGUUUCUGAAUGAUAAUGAAAUUGUGACUAGCUCUGGUGAUACUACCUGUGCAUUGUGGGAUAUUGAGACUGGAACACAGAAGACAGUUUAUACUGGCCAUAGUGGAGACUGCAUGAGCCUGGCAGUAUCACCAGACUUCACCUUUUUUAUUUCUGGAGCUUGUGAUGCAACUGCCAAACUUUGGGAUAUCCGAGAGGGUUCCUGUCGACAGACAUUUUACGGGCAUGAGUCAGACAUCAAUGCUAUUUGUUUCUUCCCAAGUGGCCAAGCCAUUUGCACUGGUUCUGACGAUGCAACUUGCAAACUUUUUGACUUGCGUGCUGACCAAGAGCUGAUCGCAUUCUCACAUGAGAGCAUCAUCUGUGGAAUUACAUCUAUUUCUACUUCUCGGAGUGGGCGUCUCAUCUUGGCUGGUUAUGAUGAUUUCAACUGCAACAUCUGGGACACACUAAAAGCAGAACGUGUUGGAGUGCUGUCAGGUCAUGACAACAGAGUCAGCUGUAUUGGUGUGACUGCUGAUGGCAUGGCUGCCGCCACAGGAUCCUGGGACAGUUUUCUUAAAAUCUGGAACUAAGACGACAAUUUAACAGGACAACAAAUCAGAAAUGGAUGUCGUCUAUCACUAUUAAUCUCCGACUGAAAAUGGUUAAAGUUUGUGAAGAAUGAAACCGUAUACCUACAGUCCUCUUGACCAGUAAAGGUCCAACAACCUGACUGCAUAUUUUAGUGAAGUUGAGAUGUAGAAUUGAUGACAGAUGCACAAAUGAUGCUUCUCUUUUUUACUGUACAAGUUUCUUUCUUGACCAAUGUACAUUUAUGCAUCUGACCCUCUACUCUCACUUCUGAGUCAAUUUCCAACUGCCAGUUAGAGAUGAAAAAACGGUUAGGAUUUCAAAUGCAUUGGAAUGAUGUAGUUGUUCAAAUGUAGCUGUGACCAGUUGUGUGGGAUUGUAAGUCUGGCAUUAUAAUUAUUUUUAUUUUUUUUUUGUGUAUGACUUAAGUGGUAUCAUUCCCAUUUCAGUCUUACAAAUAUGAUUAUAUUCAAUUUUGUCUUAAUAGGUUUGAUUCUGGCAGGUAAAUUAUUGGACAUAGUUCCACAAUCUAUUUAAUUCAUUCUAGAAUGAGUUUCUUUUCCAAAAUGGCAAGGUUCAAUAUUUUUUUUAAUCCAAAUUUACCAGAUAAUCAAAGUGUUUUUUGUUUACCUAUACACAUUUUUAAAAUGCACAUUCACUUAACAUAUCUCAUGGGGUUUAUAUAGUGGCAGAAAUAUUAACUGCAAAGCCAUUCGAGUAUAAGAUCCACUGAAAUUGCUUUGUCAUUGGCUUACUUAAACAAGUGCUUAUAGCUUCUGUGGUAGAGCAAAAUGUUAGCUGAAAAAUAUGGGUAUAAAAUUAAAUCUUUUUAAAUAUAUCUGGGAAAAUCCACAUUUAGUCAGUUUCAGUGAAGGAGGCAUUAGGCUGUAGCACAGCUUUCAACUUAGAGAUACAUUUGAGAUUAAGGGCUAGAUUUGCAGCCUUUAACAGUACAUUAAUCCUAACGAAUCCAACAGGCCUGUGCUCACAGAUUUGAGUUGCUGGUCAGCUACCAUUUCUGUUUCUAAAGGCAAUGAUUAAAGAGGGUUACACUGUGAUUUGCCCCAGCGAACAGCAUCCAAUUCUAGACUCAGCGACAAUGGGGAAUUUGUGUUUUCUACCCAUAUUCAUGUGGGUGUGUCUUUUUAUUUUUCUUACAUCCUUAACUCAUGAGUUAGGUUAAUUGUAUAUAAACUAAGCCAGCAUUUACUAAGUGCAGGUAUGAGUAUUUCAUCUGAGAUAGGCUGGCAUUUAAUCAAGAGUUGGUUCCACUCUUGGAGAAAGCACUCCUCUAAUGCAAAAAGUUGAAAAAUAAACAGGCUAUUAAAAACAACUGAAUACUAAGAUUUAUUAAGACAAUCUAUAAACCAUAUUGUCAGAUGUGUUAUUGCUAAUUUGUAGUGUAGCUCAACUUUGACAAGACUACCCAUUUGCCAUCCUUUCAGUUUAUUAACCUCAUGCCUCAAAAUCCAGACUUGUUUUUAUGCCAGUCUAACAGGUCUUUUAUCUCCUUCCAAGUUAGCCAUCCACAUAACUCCUAAUACUAGUGGAUUCUGGCUUCACCAUAAUAAGAACUAUAAAUGAGGCAAUGGUGAACUCGUCGACCUGGUUUCCCAGUAACUUAUGACGAAUCACUUUAAGAAAUAAAUACAGUAAUAACAUUUCAGAUUAAAACCAUGUUAUACAUUUGACAACUCAAAGCAUUUGCCAAUCAAAUUUGAACUGUGGAACAUUACAUAUUUAGCAAACUGCUAUUUUUGGGGUGUUUUAAAUUUUCUAUCCCAAUUUUGUACAGAUUUAUAGCUCUAUAAAUGAAAAUUUAUUGUAUUUGUACAGCCACAUGAGAAAAGUCGUUUCAUUUAAAAAAAAAUGAUCCCUAUUUGUCCUUGUACAGAUCUCCAACUCUCCAGGAUUUAUUCUUAAGAAGUCGGGUGUAAAUGUGCACUAAUCAAACUGGCCAGUGUCUUUAGAGGCUGGCAUUCUGGCUAUUGGGGUGGGAUGAAUGAUAUUCACACUUAUAAAAUUAAUUAAUUUAUUAAUUACACAAAAAAAAAGCUUCCCCAGUUAACAUUUGGGAUGACAAUAUUCUUGUUUUAUUUA